AUGCUCCCAACCCCAGACACGCGGCACGUGCCCUACUCGCGCGUCUACGAACCCGCCGAAGACUCGUUCCUCCUCCUGGACACGCUCUCGUCGCCCUCGGAGACGGCCUUCCUCCAGUCCGCCUUCCCCCCGACGUCUCCGGCGCCGCUGGUCCUCGAGGUCGGCACGGGCUCCGGCGUCGUCGUCGCCUUCGUCAACGCCCACGCGCGCGCGCUCUUCGGCCACCGCCGCCUGCUCACCUGCGGCGUCGACGUCAACGCCUUUGCGUGCCGGGCCACGGUGCGGACCGUCGCCAAGGCGGCCGCCGCCAACGCCGGCGCCGGGGACCGAGACGCCCGCGGCCGGGGAGGCCGGGGAGGCCGCCCGCCCGGGCUGGGACGAGGAGAGCUACCUGCUGAGCCUGGCAACCGGCCCGAGGACGUGGCGGGCAGGGUUGCCGCGCUCGGCGGCGGCUGGAGGGCCGACGUUGUCGGGGGCAGCGGCAAGACGGCGGGCUGGGAGAAGCUGUGUGUCUUGAGGAUAUGGAGGGGUGCGGUUUGA